AUGUCUCUCUCUGGUGUCCACGCCCAGGAGCUGCAGUGCGAUGCAGAUGGAGCGUCCUCCUCGGAGACGCUGCCAUCACCCAUCCCCGCGCCAGGGGCGGAGCCGCAGAAGGACCCGUCUUCCAACUUUGCCGUGGUCGGAGGCGCAAAGGAAUUCAGCUUCCUUCUUAUCCCGAAGAGUCUGCAAUAUGACCCACAACAUCCGGCACACUUUGGACUGGCGAUGAAUGUUACGUUCGGGCUUGCCAGUACAUUCAGUGCUUCACCCAAUCACACCGUAACAUACCAUGAAGUCUCAAAUAUCCCGACCCUUGUUCAGGCUGGCUAUGUUAUCGGCCUCAGGCUAUUCAUUACUCCUCUUGGCGACCUCGUCCGACGACGACAGCUGCUCCUGCUGCUCGCGGCGAGAACAGCCUCACUCACUAUAGGUCUCGCGAUCACCAAAAACCUCGUCGUAUUUGAAGUGCUGUCAUUCCUGAUUGGCAUAGGCAGCGUCACGCCGCAAAUUCUGAUGCCCCUCGCAGCCACUCUUGCGCCACCGGAGCGCCGCGCCUCUGCGCUCUCCAUUGUUCUUUCUGGCCUACUCUUCGGUGUGCUCAUCGCGCGGGUCCUCGCCGACGUCGUCGCGCCGUUUGUAACCUGGUGCGUCGUGUACUUUGGGGCGAUCGGCGUGCAGUACGGCGUGCUCGUGAUGCUCUACUUCAUGCUCCCGGACUACCCCGCCAAGAACAAGGGCAUCACAUACUUUGGCAUUCUUUACAGCAUGGUGAAGUUCACCGUCACGGAGCCACUGCUCGUGCAGGCCAUCCUAAUUACCAUCCCGUCCAGCGUGUGCUUCACGAACUACAUCGUGAUUGGUCUAUUCAGCCUGGUUCCGGGUAUGGUGGGCAUUGCAACGGCGCCAUUCGUUGGGUGCACGAUCGACGGGCUCGUGCCGUGGUCCGUGACGCUCGUCGUGAUCUCCAUGCUCACGCUCACGUUCACGCUCCAGACGGUGGCGGUCGCCAUCGUCGUCGAUGUCUGCAUCGGGCUUGACGUCUUCCGGCAGACGCAGCAGGUGUCAAUCACGACGGCUGUGCUCGGGCUCGAGCCUAAUGCGCGUUCGCAGCUCAACGCGGUCGUCCUGCUUUCCCUAUUCAUUGGACAGGUGAUGGGCACCGCUGUAGGGUCCAAGGUUUACACAGACCACGGCUGGCGGCCGGAUGCCUCGCUCAACCUUGCAUGGACGGUCUUCUCGCUCAUCGUCCUGCUUGUGCGUGGACCGCAUGUCCCGCGGUACACAUGGUUCGGGUGGUCCAGCGGGUGGGAGCUCCGGAAAAGCAGAGUCGUGGCGCGGCAGCAGGCCGAACACGAUGCAGCUUCGAGGGACUUGGAAUCUGCAGGUGAAGGUGCGGCCGUAGAAGACAAGGGCGCUUCAGACGAGAAGCGACGGAGUGCAGAUGAGGCGGAGGAGCGAGAACGGGAGCGUUCCGCGGAGAAGCGGGGGGAUGAGGCUGUACGAUCCUUGCGGGGUCCGUCGCUCGCAGUGCACUGCUCCCGCCGUUGUCCGCUCGCGUGA